UGGGUGGGGAAAUUGUGAUUUUUGUUUUGUAUUGUGGUUAGGGAAAGGAAAGUAUGUGUCACGUGAAAUUAUAUUUUAUACUUCUUACAUGAGAUGAAUACUUAGAAUUGUUGUACUCUAUAAUGUUGAAGUACUUUCUGUUGCGAUUGCCAAAUACGUUAUAUUGUGUACAACAAAUUAAAGUCCGGAAGUUUGGACUUAUCACUCGUUUGCAUCCGCAUAAAGGUUAUCAUGUGGCUAUGGCCUGGGAAAGAAGUUACUUGAACAUUCAGACUUAUAUUCCCCUUAAGAAUAAUUUUUUAGGGAAUUUAUUAAGUUGCCAAGUUUAUGGUCAGUUUAAGACUGUAAUCACAAAUUCAUCGACAGUUAAAAAGGAGUUUACGGAAAAUUCAUAUGCACAUGCCGUGCUGGAAAGGAAUCCCGUGUAUACAGUCACAUUAGCUCCUAAAGGUUUUGUUGAAACCGAAGAGAUAUCUGAUGAUGAAUUUCAAAAUAUGACAAGGAAAGAUUGGAACAGUGAAUCAGCAGAAAGUGUUUUUGUUGGGUUUAAAAAAAUGAUACUGUUUUCUAAAAAACAGCAUUCCGUGAACGGUGAAACUUUUGAGGGAAUAUUUAAAACACUGACACAAAAAUGUUCACAGUUAAAUGACAAUGAUCUGAUAGGAAUAUUAGCGUGUCUCAGACAAUGGCCUUCACCUGCAGAACCAUAUUCUGAAAACUAUGUUGAGUUAUGGAAGGAGGUUGACAAACAGUGUGUGUUAAGAAUGGAAAAGUGGGAUCGUAAUAAGCUUCUGUUUGUUGCUGAUCACUGGUACUUGCUUAAUUUAGGGAAAAUAUCAGAUUUUAUGUGGCAUUGUACUGUGAGAUUAAGUCGUAGACCAGAGAAACUCACCAGUUCUCAGCUAGUCCAGUGUAUGUUCUACAUAAACAUACGUCGUAAAUUUCCACCUCAUAUAUCAGUUUACGAUUUUGAAUACAGCCUUCAAAACUGUCUCGAUCAACUUACUUUGGAUGAUCUUGGAAUUCUUGCCAUGGGAUUCUUUAAAAGCAAAAAACCAAUCAGGAGUCAAACUCUUCUUACUGAACUUAUAAGACGAAUUAUAAAUUCAGUGGACACCAUCCAUGAAAUCACACUGGCUGCUCUUCUUAAAGUUAUCCGCUACUCCCUUGAACCAACACAUGCAGAUGUAUUGUUUGUUCUUAUGGACAAGCUUGUGCCAAAUAUAAACCGAGUAUCCCAGCUCUGUUGCACACAUAUUGCAUUACUUGGUACACACAUAAAUCAGUAUCAUGAAGGGACAAUGAAUGAGAUUGUGCAGCGAUUUGUUAAUGAAAUUGAAUCUUCUAGACUGAAAGAUUUAGAAAGGCUUGCAUUUGCUCUGUCCUUGUACAACUAUGAGCAUAAAAUGGAGCCUUCUAUCUAUAAGUUGAUUGCCAAAGAGCUCUGUAGAAGUGAAAGAGCUCAAGAAAUCGAGCAGCAUCCCAAAUGUUUAUCAUGUUGUCUCCAUUAUCUCUCCCUGCAAAAGAUUUACCUCAAUGAAGAGAUCAGUAAAGUGUUGGAUAAAAGUUUCAUUCACACCGUCUAUGGAAAAAAUAAUAACAAGGUUGGACGUGAAAUCUUAAGUUUGGACAUUGGUGUGGGAUUAGAAUGCCCUGAAUACAAUGGAAACCGACUUGAACCCAAACUUAGAAAUUAUCUAGCAAAGAUAUACACUGACAGAGUCUGGAAAUAUGAAGAUUUGACUAGGAAGAAACUAAAUGCAACAGAUCAGCUUCUGUUUGAAGUCAUUUCUGUAGCCAUUUCAGUUCUUGGUGGUCGUAGAAAGGUGCACUUAGGACAUCUUAUUCCACAUCGAGAACGAGCAGACAUUGUGUAUGGUAUUUGUGCUGAUGGUUCAGCUGUUGAUAUUCCACCUUCAUUCUGCAAUCUGGAGAUUGGAACUUGCAAAAGGGCUCCAGAUGUUCCAAAUACAAAAUGGUACUGUAUUGUAGUUGCUGGAUGGAAUUCUUACAUCAGAAUACUAAACAAACCUGUGGGUACCAUGUCUUCCAAGUUACGACAACUACAGCUGUUGGGUUACAAACCUGUAAUUGUUCCAUGGUUUGAAUGGAGAGAACUCUCUGUAGAGGAACAAGAAAGGUAUCUAGCAAAGAAGAUUUGGGAAGAAUUUAAAGAAGAGGUGUCCUGUACUGUGAGAUGAAUUGUGCUGUGAUAUUGGCAACAAGAGUGGGUGACUGAGCUUGUAUAUAAAUAUCAUGUUAUUUUUGGUGUGGAUUGAUUUCUGAGUUAUGUUGUAUUGACUGAGGUUAUUAUUUUCUCCAGACAGUGGUUCUUCCAUCUAUAUAGAAGUAAGGAGGGGAGAUAACCAGGAGUCAACAGGUGUUUGCUUAGUUCACCAGUCAUGCAGAAAUUCUGCUCAUCAGACAU